ACAGUAAUUAUAAAUAAAUAAUACGUCAGUUUAGGUAAACAAUUAUUACAUACGUACUCGUAUACGUAUAUUUAAAAAAUUCAAAAAUACAAGUUUAUAAUUUUUGUAUCAGUCACAGCAAUCAGUCCAGCUCAAAAAUAAUCAUAUUUCAGUUUGUUUUAGUACUGAGAAAUAAUGUUGAAAAUGACUAAAUCUUGUUUUCUGGUGAUUUCGUUUUUCAAAUUUCCAAUUGUUUUUGCUGGUGUUAUAUUGACAACAUUCCAUGCGUUGGAGAACCUUGGCUGCUACCGAAAUAUCCCGAGCCAACAUGUGUUUGAAACUGAUGGUGUUGCCAGCGUUGCCAUUUGUGCAAGCAAGUGUACCUCAAAUGUGAGCUGUCUGGGUAUUUUGUACAGUCCUGAAGAUAAUGUUUGUAUUGGUUGCUCUGUCUUGAUUACUGUAAAUGACAGUAACACAUACAGUUUUAUGAGCCUGGAAUCACAAGUGUCUAUAUCGAUGACAGAGAACUUGCCUGACUAUCUCAGGAAAGGUGAUGAAUGUCAAUCAAACGCCAAUUGCAUCGAGGAGUUCACUUAUUGUAUCGACGGCUUCUGCAAUUGUCUCCCUGAAUACAGUUUUGAUCCAGUUACAGGAUUUUGCACACCAAACUGUACUGUGUACGGGUCAACCUAUAUAGCCCAUCCAGGACAUUACUUUCAAGGCGAAAGUAUAGACGUAUCCAACCAGAAAACAGCGCGUGACUGUAUCACGUGGUGUACUAAUACGGACACAUGCCGUGGAUGCAAUCACAGCCCAACAUAUGACACAGGUGGUUGGUGUUCAAUGCAGACAAGCACACCCCGCACUUUACCUGGUGAUUUCAAUGAAUCUGGAAGUAACUUUACAUAUUAUUUAAGAAAUUGCGCAUAACCUACUUAUUUGUAAUCAAGUUCUCGCGAAAUGCGUAUUUAGAAAUCUUGUUUGUUUACUUAUUUUUUUAUAUUGUUUAAAUAUUGU